GAGCAUGCACUACAAAACUACACCCACCUAAACAGUAAGAGAGACGAAUACCUCAGAACACAAGAACAUGGUCAUUAUGUGCACCUGAGUUGUGACACUGGUCAACCUUUGGCUUAUGUGACUGUUCAAUUAAACUCCACCCUCCAGCUAGGCAGUUAAGGUUAUAUUUUAAUCACAUUCUGUUUGCACAGUGCAACAGCGAUAAAGUCAGAGAACAAAUGCACAAAUGCUCUUAUUCUUUUCACAUAGCACAAGCCUGGCCUUCUGUUUCUUCUUCCUUUGCUCACUGGAGAAACAAGGAGAGGCAGACGUGGCAAAAAUGAUAAUCGUCAACUGAACGAAACAACUUUCGAGAAAGAAGAAGUGGCAAAAUAUUGUAGAGAGAAUGGGCCUUGCAAACUCUAAGCAGUUUAAACAAGCCCAGAUUCUAAUGCUUGGCCUUGAUUCAGCAGGGAAAUCCACCCUCUUGUAUAAGCUGAAAUUUAAUGAUGUCUUCCAAACUUUGCCAACCAUCGGUUUCAACGUGGAGAUGCUUGAAACAGGGAAAGAUAUUGCCUUAACCAUCUGGGAUGUUGGGGGCCAACACCAAAUGAGGACUGCUUGGAGCAACUACUUGGAGAACGUGGAUAGCCUGGUCUAUGUUGUGGACAGCACAGACAACCAGCGGUUGGAAGAGUCAAAGAAAGAAUUGGAGCUUCUUUUGAGGAAUGACAGGAUUAAGAACGUGCCUGUGGUUGUGCUAGCAAACAAACAGGAUCUUCCUGGAGCUCUAAGCGCCGAGGAAAUAACCAGGAGGCUGAACAUGAAAAAGCACUGCCAUGACCGAAACUGGUAUGUGCAACCCUGUUGUGCAAUUACAGGUGAGGGUUUAUCAGAAGGGUUUCGGAAAGUGACGUCCUUUGCAAAAUCCUGCAUGAAAUCUAAACAAGAAGCUUUUGCACUUUUCAAGCAAGAUUAACAUACUCUAUUCAGAUGCAAGGGAGAACAGCCAUGCAAAGCUGACUGGGACAGAAAGUCAUUCAUUUAAUGGAAUAUCUGAUGCUGCUUUUUGGACUUUUCUAAGACAGAACAUAUUUAUCCCAAGCCAGUUUACUGUUUUCAGAGAUACUAUUUUGCUGCAUUUUAAUGAAUUAAUGCAAUUGUAGCUGUCUUAAAUUCACAACUUCAUUGCUUAUGAAACUGCAUAAAACUGGACUGGAAUGUUCUUGAAAUUUUAAAUAUUUGGUACCCAUAAUAAGAGUGGUAUAACUGCCAAAGAAAACUAUGCAACAGUUGACUGGAGAAAGUUUGAAUGCAAUCCGAGUUCUCCGGAAAAUAUUCUCCACCAACUGUAAAUUCUAAUGUAAGAACCACAUUUUAAA